GUUUCCUUCCUAUCAGCAAAAACCACGUGCCUUGGUGUCGGGCCUCUUCUUAAAGCGCCGCAAUCAUGAACUGCAUCCAUCACUCGGACUGACAUGUGGAUGACUGGUGCGGGGGCGCCUGUCCGGCGGAAGGUCGUCAGCACUGCAUUGAUGUCAGUGCGAUGCACUAUGUUUUGAUAUUAUCGCCCAUCCACACCGGAUACGACGAAUGAAUGUACACAAACCAACGCAUGGAAACAUCCAUCAAAGCGUGGCUGCCUGCUGUAAUUGAAUGGCUGUCGCCCGCCCCUAGCUGCCUACGUCUGUCUUACUUCUUGUCUAUCUAUCUGUGUGUCUAUCCUAUCUGUGUGUCAGACUAUCUGGUCAGUCGAAAGCUGUUGGCCAUCCGUCGCAGUUUGUCGCUCUCCGCCGCCCACUGGUCUUCGGGCGACACGACAGUGAGGGUAAACAACUUGUCCCCUCGACAGGCGAUGACACUGAGGUUGUGGUACUCGAACGGCUGGACAACCCCCCUGACGAUGUACUCAAACAAAUACACCUCCCUGAAGACAGACACAUCGGUGGGUCAGUCAGGUGAACGACCAGCAGCUAGCUGUCUCACUGACUGACCCUCCUGGCUCUCUCUGUUCGCUCAGUGCGUCAAUCAGCAUGGCGACUUUGCCUGAACCCUCUGGCGCUAUCGCCUCGCGCAACAGAGUCUCAGCCGCCUGCAUCCAUUUACGAUGAAUGACACAGGUGGUACACGCACACAAAACAGAUGUGGUCUUUGUCUGUCUGUGUAACCCACUUGUUUCGGCGGCCCGAGGAGAGAAAAGAAGGCUCGGUCAUCUGUCAGCCUUAAAGUGCUCUUCACCACCGACACGUUCUCCUGGUGGAUGCAUCAGGGCAAACAGAGCACCUCUUGUCAUGCAUGUGUGACGUGUCAUCCAUCAAUCCAUCCAUCCAUCCGUGUGCUGAAUCACCUUGGAGUCUCCUCCGCCCCCGGGCGGUCCGAAGGCCACAUCGGGUGCCUCGCCUUGUGCAGCAGCCCUCUUAACAGGCCGGCCCUCGUCAAAUGAUGCAGCCAAUGGCCGCCGAGCGGCAUCCUGAACAGUCAAACAACACCCGUGCAUCAGUUGAGCAAACAGGUGUCUGUCCAUCGAUAGGGCCAGAGGUGAACGUGUCGGCCUUUGCUGUACCUUUGCUGUGUAUAGGGCGACGUCUGCCAGCCAAUUGGAUGGGUACAAAAACUCAUACCCAUCCAAUUCAUUGACGUACCUGCCCAGCAACAAGACAGCACUCACACGUAUGUAUGGCGCAUCCCUUGCCUCCCUUCCUGGUGUGCUGCUUGCCUCUUCAAUCCGUCAAUGGGGUAGAUCUGGUCAAGCCUGAGUUUUCUUGCCUGCUCAGGUGACAGCCGCAGAAGAGCCGAAGUAGCGCCAAACAGAUUGGCGGCAAGGGCGGCUGCCGCGGCGCCCUGUGAGGACAUCAAAGGGGGAAUGAAUGUGCUCCAGCCACCCGCAACCGCCCACUCACCAGAAGCACAAGAAAGCGGCGGCGGGGUGUGAUGCUGUCAGGCUCUGCAGCAGGCACAACACAGGAUUCAUAGAUCUGAUGAGUGAAGAUCUCGAGCAGCACCAAUCUCCUGAAGCAGCCUGUCAUUUCGUCGUUGUCGCAGCUUGACGCUUCUUCUCACUGGCAGCAGGGGCUGCACAAACAGAGUGGAUGACGGAGGAAUGACGGCAUGUGUCGCCGCCUCAAUGAACAGCAUGUUGCCACGCG